UAUUCAUCUUUCUGAACCACACCCACUGCUUCAUCUUCCCCAAUUUCACAAUUUUAGAAAGAGAGAGAGAGAAGAAGAAGAAGAAAUGGAUGAAGACGGAGUUUCAGAAAAAUGGUACCAAGGGCUAAGACGCUACUGGAAAAGAAAAAACUACAAGAAGCUUAAUGGGUCGUCGCGACGCCGGAGGAGGCUAGCCCAGGUCGAGCUUGGGUCCACCCGGAACACCCGGCGGCGCUUCUGGCGAAUCAAGAUCUCACCCAAGUUCCGAUUCUUACGAAAAAUUCCAUCGCCGAAGAAACUACUCCUCCGUCUCCGUGAUGCCUAUGUCAACAUGAUGCUCGGAUUCGCCAAUUCCCGGGUUUUCAACACCAGCUACGGCGGAGGCGCCGCAGUGUGCGACGGCAUUCCUGGUUUCGGACAACGGCUGGCGAAGGAAUACGACGAGAAGAUGAUCCUCGAGAUCUAUAAAUCUGUUGUGGCGGAGCAGCGGGAGAUGAUCCACCGCCCUGUCGCUGCCGGAUCGGCGCCGGAAACCGCUCAAUUUAGGUGAAAAAGUUGUGUCCUGUUCGGGAAGGUUUUUUUGGGUGUUUUUUUUUCUUUCAAUUUUAGUGCUUCUUAUUUAAUAAUAAAUAACAAUAAUAUAUAUUUCAACGAUAUUAUUUUUCAAAAAGCUUAAAAAUAGUUGAAUUGACUAUGAACUUAGAAAUUUGAUUAGAUUACUAAUGAAUAAAGCAAAUUCGAAAUCGAACAAAUUCAAACAAUCAAUAACAUAGAUGAUAUUGUAAAAAAGAGUUGAAAUGCAACGAAAUUCAAGCUCUUACGUAAGUGAAUAAAUUACAUUCCUAGAUGAAAGAGCGGGGAGUUCGAAUUUUCUAACUUUUUAGUCCAAACGUAUACUUUAAAGUCGCAGGAGGAAUCUUUCAAAUUCUUUACCUAUUAUUAAAAUUGUGUUUAUUUAAAUGAGGUUGUUGUAAUGUUGAUCCUCCUAUAAUGCAUAUUUUGUUGUUUUGUUAAUAUUCAAAAUAUGUGCAUGUUGUUGAUUAAAAGUUAGUAUGAUCUAGUUUUGUCUCUCUUGUAGAUAUGAUUCUUUUUUCUUUCCUUUCAAUUUUUUGAUUUCCAGAUUUAAUUAUGUUAGAGGUUGGACGUGUAUGGGUGUGUAAUGAAAAACAAAUUGGAUUUUGCCUUUGACUUUUGAUAAGGUUUUGUAUAUACAUAAACAAAGCAUUUAUCUUAUGAAUUAUAUGA